UUAGCAAUGGCAGUCAGCGAAGCCAAAAUGAGGGGAAGUGCCGUGUCGGAAGAAAUUUGCGAAAUGAAUGGUGGGGAUAGUCGCAGUUGGGGGAGUUGCGGAGCGUUGCCGUCCUCUUUUGAUCCAAAUAAUCGAAAGUACAAGUGUUGCUGUGGUCAUGUUCAUGCUACGACGGGUAUGCAGAUAAUUCUCGCUUUGCUCAGCAUUACGGUGUUAUUCGACAUGUGGCAAGUUAUAGGGGGACUAGCCUCCUCACCGAAGCUUGAUAAGUAUGACAUGAUUAGUGUAGCAGUUCGAUUUGCUAUUGGAGCUGGUAUCACAGGAAGUAUACUGGUAUCUCUGGUUACGGAAAGAGCUGCACUUCUGAUCCCAUACUUACUGUUGCAAGGCGCUGGCCUAGCAGCAGGUCUCGUAUUCCUCGUCGCGUUUUUGUAUAUCUCAUUGUUUGGUGAUCGCUCUACGGCUGCGUCCUUUCUUCGUUCACAUGGCCAUAGUAUCAAGUCGAAGGAGGACCUUCAGCUCAGUAAGUAG